GUCAGUUGGUCGCUGACCGUGGGACCGUUUGUAUCGUGUUGUGUCUGCGUUUUAACGGAAACUCCUCCGGUAAUCAUGUCCAAUUAAACGGGUUAAUUCGGUAUUUUGGAGUUGGGGGAGAUUGAAAUACAUCCCGUCGUGAGACAUGGAGGCUGUGAGUAAGUGGACCCCGCAACAAGUGGUGGACUGGAUGAGAGGUCUGGACGACAGCCUGCAGCAGUACAUGCCGGCCCUCCAGCGACAGCAGGUGGACGGGGAGAAGCUGCUGAGGCUGUCCCACCAGGAGCUGCUGUCUCUGGGCCUGACGCGGGUCGGACACCAGGAGCUGGUGCUGGAGGCUGUGGAUCUGCUCUGUGCACUGAACUUGGGUGUGGAGAAGGACACCCUGAAGACGUUGGUGGGGAAGAUGCGAGCGGCGCACAGCAACCUGAACACGGCGGUGUCGGAGCGCAGGAAGAACCCCGCCUACCACAGCAAGAUCUCCCAUCAGCCCUCCAACGAGUUCCUGACGGCCGUGAUGGAGCUGAUCGGCGCCGCCAAGAGUCUGCUGUCCUGGCUCGACAGAACUCCUCUGACGAGCUCCAACGACUUCACCUCCACCAAGAGCCGAAUCAUCCAGCUGUGCCUGGAGCUCACCUCCACCGUGCAGAAGAACUGCACUGUUUAUGAGAUCGAGGAGAAGAUUCUGGAAGUGUCUCGCGCUCUGAACGGCGUGUGUGAGAAGACGGCUCAGGCGACCUCUGACCCCUCGAAGAGCGACCAGUCCUGCCUGGAGGAGGUUCACAUCCCCAACGUCAAGCCUGGGGAGGGACUGGGUAUCUACAUCAAGUCCACCUACGACGGGCUGCACGUCAUCACAGGAACUACAGAGAACUCUCCUGCAGAUAAGACCCAGAGGAUUCAUGCUGGAGAUGAAGUGGUUCAGGUCAACAGACAGACAGUGGUGGGCUGGCAGCUGAAGCCGCUGGUGGAGGCUUUGAGGGCGGAGUCAGGUGUGGUGCUGCUGCUGAAGAAGAGGCCUUCAGGGUCAUCGGGAGGUUUCGCCCCCGCUCCGCUGAAAAACCUGCGCUGGAGGCCGCCGCUCGUACAGACCUCUCAAGGAGCUCCGGGUCUUUACAGAUCUCGACAGCCUGAAACGUACGUCCCUCCUCCUCCUGCAGCGCCUUACACACCGAUAGACGGGAACAUGAACGUGACUUCGGGAGUCAAAAUGAGGCCGAAGUCUCCCAACUCGUGUCUGGACGCAGACGUGAGGCGACGCUUCACGUUCGCCGAAGAUAACCGGACGACCGUCAGCCCGCCGGAACACAACCAACCAAUCCCUGUGAGCCUCAGACAGAGAUCAUCUGCACGCUGUAAACCUCGUCCGGUCUCCAUGCCGGCGGAGUCGUCCUCAGGAGAGCCGUCCUGCCGGCCUGUGGGGAGGAAAGGUCACAAGGAGGUGCUGCACCGGUACCUGAGUAACGAGGGGAUCAGCUCCAUCCCAGAGGAGGAGCCGUGCUUCCCGCUGCCGUACCGAGGACACCCGUCUGUCCGUGGCGUCGACCACAUCCGAGGCAGCCAGUGCUUCAUCAACGCCAACCUGCACAACUCCUCCACCAUCCCCUAUCAGGAGGGGGUGUCCAAGAAGCCCUCCGCCCCCCCAUCAUCAUCUGCUGCUGCUGCUUCUUCCCCUCCUCCGCUGUCCAACACCAAGCCCACCUCGCUGCUGGGAGGCUGGCUCGCUCGCCUCCGGCUGCUCAAGUUGCAACAUUCUCACAGGCAGCUUCCUCCUCUGCUGAGCUGCAGAGACGACGCACUGCUGCAGCCCGUUGUGUUGUGUUGUGUUGUAUUGUGUUGUGUUGUAUUGUGUACAUAUAUACAAUGUUGUGAUGUUUGUCCUUCAGCAAUGAGCCGGCGGCGCGUCUCCGUGAGAGACCUGGGUCUGACGGACUGUCAGGGCUGGCUGCUCCGCAGGAAGGAGGCGCGCAGCUUCCUGGGAGCCAGGUGGAAGAGAUACUGGUUCGUCCUGAAGAAGAGCUCGCUGUACUGGUACUCCAACAAGAUGGCGGAGAAAGCUGAAGGGUUCAUCUGCCUGCCCGGCUUCACCAUCCAAAAGGCCCAACAGUGCAAGAAGAAACAUUCCAUAACAGCCAGCCAUCCUCUGGUUGUGACCAUCUUCAUCGCUGCAGAGAGCUUCACAGACAUGAACAAGUGGAUCAGUAAACUGUCAGAAGCAGCUGAGCCGAGUGAGCUGAUCGACACUGAAGAGUGCUACAGUGAGGGCAGCGAUCAGGACGAUAACGAGGAGUGCUUGUCCACUUCCUGUUCUCUGACCUCGGUGCAGGAAGCAGCAGAAUCGGACAACGGAGAAGAUGUCCCGCCUCCCUCUGAGGCCCUCCCUCCCCCCCCCUGUAGUGAGGAGGAGGAGGGACCUCUGAGCAGAAAGGGAAGAAGAGGAAGAAGAAGAGUGGGGGGGGGGCGAGGAGGAGCGUCUGUCCCGCUGCUGCACGUCCCAGAAGAGAGAGAAGAAGAAGGAGGAGCGUCUGUCCCUCUGCUGCACGUCCCAGAAGAGAGAGAAGAAGAAGGAGGAGCGUCUGUCCCUCUGCUGCACGUCCCAGAAGACAGAGAAGAAGAAGGAGGAGCGUCUGUCCCUCUGCUGCACGUCCCAGAAGAGAGAGAAGAAGAAGGAGGAGCGUCUGUCCCUCUGCUGCACGUCCCAGAAGAGAGAGAAGAAGAAGGAGGAGCGUCUGUCCCUCUGCUGCACGUCCCAGAAGAGAGAGAAGAAGAAGGAGGAGCGUCUGUCCCUCUGCUGCACGUCCCAGAAGAGAGAGAAGAAGAAGAAGGAGCGUCUGUCCCUCUGCUGCACGUCCCAGAAGAGAGAGAAGAAGAAGGAGGAGCGUCUGUCCCGCUGCUGCACGUCCCAGAAGAGAGAGAAGAAGAAGAAGGAGCGUCUGUCCCUCUGCUGCACGUCCCAGAAGAGAGAGAAGAAGAAGGAGGAGCGUCUGUCCCUCUGCUGCACGUCCCAGAAGAGAGAGAAGAAGAAGGAGGAGCGUCUGUCCCUCUGCUGCACGUCCCAGAAGAGAGAGAAGAAGAAGGAGGAGCGUCUGUCCCUCUGCUGCACGUCCCAGAAGAGAGAGAAGAAGAAGAAGGAGCGUCUGUCCCUCUGCUGCACGUCCCAGAAGACAGAGAAGAAGAAGGAGGAGCGUCUGUCCCUCUGCUGCACGUCCCAGAAGAGAGAGAAGAAGAAGGAGGAGCGUCUGUCCCUCUGCUGCACGUCCCAGAAGAGAGAGAAGAAGAAGGAGGAGCGUCUGUCCCUCUGCUGCACGUCCCAGAAGAGAGAGAAGAAGAAGGAGGAGGAGGAGAGGCCGUCACAGAUCCUCCUCCUGACAAGAUUGAGGCCGCACGCCUCUCACCCAUUGGUCAGUCGUCUCAGAAAGACUUCAGAGCCUCGUUCAUCCGCCGCUGUCCCGACGACAAGAUCAACGAAGAGCUUCACCUUCUGAGGAUCCUCAGCAGCACGAUGAAGGCGAAACAGAGUGAGCUGCAGACUCUGGAUCAGAUUCUGAACGACCCGGCUCUCGCGGCGCCGACCUACAGGAAGUGGAAACUUUGUAACUCCCUGUUGCUUCAGGAGGUCGCUCAUCACAGCCGGGCAGCAGGGGGCGCUGCAGAGCCUGAGGACGCUUUCACAACAACAACAACAACAACAUGAACGCUUUUAGAAUCUGAAAAUCAAAACAAACACCAAGUGACUCUUAUAUAUUUCACUUUAAUGUGAUUUAUAUCCAUUCACACUAUACUAAUAUAUAAUAUUGAUAUGUGUUUAUGAAAGGUGUUUAUUAAAGCUGCACAAAUAUCGUUAUCUUAUUAAUAUUCUUAAUAUUAUUUUUCAUGUCAUAGUAUUGUUUUCUAUUUUAUUGUUUUCUAUUUUUGUCUUAUUUUUAUUAAACACCUUGAUUUCGUUUGCCUCA